AUAAUAAUUAUAUCAGUCAGUAACUAGAAUUUUUAUUACUCUCGUGGAACGCACGUGCAAGACUGGAGCUUAAUGUGAUCAAGUAGUGAGCAAAUAAAAGAAAAAAAAAAAAACUCAUAAUUAAUAAAAUUUUUUUUUUUGUAUCUUGUUGAUCCAAAAAAAAAAAAAAUUAAUUAAUUAUAAAAUCAAUAACAACUUAAUAAAUAGUGUUGAUAUAAAUUUGUUAGAAAUAAUAAAUUUUUUUUUGUUGAAAAAAAAAUUGGGGACAUGGCUCUUGGCUCAAAAGUCGAGGAGAAUGUUGAUGGAGCUGUAAAAAUUACAAUGGUCAACGGAAAAACCGAUAAAAUUGAAGAAAAAGAUCAAGAAAAAGGAAGUGGUAGUAAAAUGACUGAUGUAACAAUGGAAAAAGGUGAAGUUGAAGCAACAAAAGAAUGUGAAAAAGAUAAAGAUUCAACAAUUGAUGAUAAUGAUAAAGAAUUAUCUAAAAAAUUAGAUAAUGAUAAUGAAAAAGAAAAAACAAAUGAUGAUCAAGAAGUAAUAUUUGUACAAGAUAUGGGUUUUACUGUUAAAAUAUCAAGUCCAGGUGCUGAACAAUUUGAUAUACAAGUAUCAUCAAUGGAACUUGUACAAGAAAUACAUCAAGUAUUAAUGGAUCGUGAAGAUACAUGUCAUCGUACAUGUUUUUCAUUACAACUUGAUGGUAAUACACUUGAUAAUUUUUCUGAAUUAAAAAAUAUUGAAGGUUUAAAAGAAGGUUCAAUAAUAAAAGUUGUUGAAGAACCAUAUACAAUGAGAGAAGCUAGAAUACAUGUUAGACAUGUUAGAGAUUUAUUAAAAUCAGUUGAUCCAUCUGAUGCAUAUAAUGGUGUUGAAUGUAGUAGUUUAUCAUUUUUAAAUAUUGUUACAAAUGGUGAUGUAUUAGAAAAAAAAAAAACAAGAACAACUGAUUCAAUUGAUUGUACACCACCAGAAUAUAUUUAUCCUGGUUGUAAAGAAAGACCUCUAUUACCAUUACAACCACAAGCUAAAGAACAAAAAUGUUCACCAUGUUUAAAAGUAUUAACAACAUCUGGCUGGAAUCCACCACCAGGUUAUCGUAAAUUACAUGGUGAUUUAAUGUAUUUACAAGUUAUAACACUUGAAGAAAAACAAUAUUAUAUUACAGCAUGUUCACGUGGUUUUUAUGUUAAUCAAUCAACAAGUGAUAUAUUUAAUCCAAAACCAUCAAUACCAUCACAUUUAUGUCAUAGUUUAAUUGAAUUAUUAAAUCAAUUAUCACCGUUAUUUAAACGUGGUUUUUCAUCAAUGCAACGUCGUCGUACACAACGUCAUCCAUUUGAACGUGUAUCAACACCAUAUCAAUUAUUUUCAUGGACAUCACCACAAAUUGAACAUACUAUUGAUGCAAUUAGAGCUGAAGAUACAUUUUCAGCAAAACUUGGUUAUGAAGAACAUAUACCUGGACAAACACGUGAUUGGAAUGAAGAGCUACAAACAACACGUGAAUUACCACGUAAAAAUUUACCAGAAAGAUUAUUAAGAGAACGUGCAAUAUUUAAAGUACAUAGUGAUUUUGUUGCUGCAGCAACACGUGGUGCUGUUGCUGUUAUUGAUGGUAAUGUUAUGGCAAUUAAUCCUGGUGAAGAUUCAAAAAUGCAAAUGUUUAUAUGGAAUAAUAUAUUUUUUUCAUUGGGUUUUGAUGUACGUGAUCAUUAUAAAGAACUUGGUGGUGAUGCUGCAGCAUAUGUUGCACCACGUAAUGAUUUACAAGGUGUACGUGUUUAUUCAACUGUUGAUUUACCUGGUUUAUAUACACUUGGUACUGUUGUUAUUGAUUAUCGUGGUUAUCGUGUUACAGCACAAUCAAUAAUACCAGGUAUACUUGAACGUGAACAAGAACAAUCAGUUGUUUAUGGUUCAAUUGAUUUUGGUAAAAGUGUAUUAACACAUCCAAAAUAUUUAGAAUUAUUAAAUAAAGCUGGACAACAUUUAAAAAUAUUACCACAUAAAGUUUUAAAUAAUGAUAAUGAAGAAAUUGAAUUAUGUAGUAGUGUUGAAUGUAAAGGUAUUAUUGGUAAUGAUUCACGUCAUUAUGUACUUGAUUUAUUACGUACAUUUCCACCAGAUGUUAAUUUUUUAAUAAUUGAUGGUGUUGAAUUAAGUAAAGAAGCACGUGCACUUGGUUUUCCAAUUGAACAUAAACAUCGUUUAGCAUGUUUACGUCAAGAAUUAAUUGAUGCAUUUGUUGAAUCACGUUAUGUACAAUUUAUAAAACAUGCUGCUGUACAUUUACAACAAUUAACAACAGCAAAAUUACAACAACAACAAAAAGAUAAAUUAAGUAUUGAAAAUAAAGAAGAAAUAAUUGAUAGUAAUAAAGAAACAACAACAACAACAACAACAGCUAAUGGUACUAAUGAUAAUGAUGAUGAUGAAAAAAUUAAAGCUGAUGAAGCUAAAAAAAUAGUUGAAAGUAUAACUGAUACAAUAACAAAUGAUAAUAAUAAACAAGAUUUUGAAGAAAGUUCAAAAGAUAUUGUUAAACAUGCAGCAAGUGCUGUUGGUAGUCUACGUGAAGCUGAAUUUGAUGUUAAAUUUAAUCCAGAUGUUUAUUCACCAGGUGUACGUCAUCCAGAUGAAAAUGGUGAUAAUAUAAAAAAACAACGUAAACUUGUAUGUGAUGCUGCUGAUUAUUUAUUAACAGUACAAUUACCAACAUUUAUACGUGAAUGUUUAGAUCAUACAUCAGCAGCAAUGGAUGGUACAACACUUGUUGAAUCAUUACAUGGACGUGGUAUUAAUGUUAGAUAUAUGGGUAAAUUAGCAACAAUGCUUGAAGCAAUACCACAAUUAAAUUAUUUAUAUAAAAUAACAAUAAGUGAAUUAAUAUUACGUUCAGCAAAACAUAUAUUUAUAAUAUAUAUGCAAGGUACUGAAUUAAUGUCAUUAUCAUCAGCAAUAUCACAUUUUUUAAAUUGUUUAUUAUCAUCAUCACAAGUUAUUAAUCCACAAUUAAAUCAUGAAGAAUUACAAAGUAAAACAUCAAAACGUAAAAAUAAACGUAAAGGUAGAGCAAAUAAUGGUAUACAACAAACAUCAGAUUUUGAAUGGGCAUUAUUAACACAAAAAUCAUUAUGGCAACAAAUUAAAAAUGAUUUAAAAUCAUAUUAUGAUUGGGAAGGUAAAUCAUCAGAUACAUUUGAUACAAUGAUUGAAUAUUAUAAUUUACAAAAAAUAUCAAUAUUACGUGGUUUUACAAUUAAAACUGGUAUACAAAUAUUAUUAAGAGAAUAUAAUUUUGAUAAUAAAAAUCGUUUAACAUUUUUUGAAGAUGAUAUAUUAAAUAUAUUUCCAGUUGUUAAACAUAUACAACCACGUGCAAGUGAUGCUUAUCAUUUUUAUACAUCUGGACAAUGUAAAAUACAAAAAGGUUAUUUAAAAGAUGGCUAUGAGUUAAUAUCAGAAGCAUUAAAUUUAUUAAAUAAUGUUUAUGGUGCAAUGCAUCCUGAAAUUGCACAAUGUUUACGUAUGUUAGCACGUUUAAAUUAUAUUAUGGGUGAUCAUGCUGAAGCAUUAUCAACACAACAAAAAGCUGUAUUAAUGUCUGAACGUGUUAAUGGUAUUGAUCAUCCAUAUACUAUUACUGAAUAUGUACAUCUUGCAUUAUAUUCAUUUGCAAAUGGACAAGUAUCAAUAUCAUUAAGAUUAUUAUAUCGUGCAAGAUAUUUAUCAUUAAUUGUUAUUGGUGAUGAUCAUCCAGAAGUUGCAUUAAUUGAUAGUAAUAUAUCAUUAAUAUUACAUGCUGUUGGUGAAUAUGAAUUAUCAUUAAAAUUUAUGGAACAUGCACUUAAAUUAAAUAAACUUCAUCAUGGUACAAUAUCAUUAAAAGUUGCUGCAUCAUAUCAUUUAGUUGCACGUACACAAAGUUGUAUUGGUGAUUUUCGUGCAGCAUUAAAUAAUGAAAAAGAAACAUAUACUAUUUAUAAAAAAUUACUUGGUGAAGAACAUGAUAAAACAAAAGAAAGUAGUGAUUGUUUAAGACAUUUAACACAACAAGCUGUUGUAUUACAAAAAAAAAUGAAUGAAAUUUAUACUGGUAAACAAAAUGUUAAUUUACCACCAAUACAAAUACAACCACCAAGUAUGGGAUCUGUAUUAGAAAUGCUUAAUACAAUUAAUGGUAUAUUAUUUGUUCAAUUUAGUCAAGCUGAUAUUGAUAAUUUAAAAGCUGAAGUUGAAAAAAGAUUAAAAGAUGAUAAUAAUGAUGAUGAUAAAUUAAACAUAACUGAGGAUAAUAAUGAUGAAAAAAUUGUUAAUGGAAAUUUAAAGAGUAUUGAAUCAACUGAAAGUUGAAAAAUUUAAUUUACAUUUAUCCAUUAUUUUCAUUCAUUCAUUCAAUCAUUCAUUUUUUAUUUUUUUUUUUUUCUAUUUGUUACACAUUGAGAGAUCAAAGCCAAAGAUUUGAUCAAGCAAGUUGUUUUUUUUUUUUUUUUUUUUUUAUAUAGGUAUAAAUGGGAGAAUAAAAUUAAUUUCUUUUUUUUGUUUUUAUUAAUUAAGGUUGAGGAAUUGUGUUAAUUUUGUUUAUGACACUGUAUAUAAUUCUAGUGGGAAAAGAGAAUGAUUUGAUAUAAAAAAAAAAUAAUAGCGAGUUGAUUUCUUCAUAUUGAAAAUAGAAAAUGAAUUGUAAAAUUUGAAUUUUAAUAUUAAUUUUGUUGUUUUUAUAUACUGUUUAUAUUAAUUUUAAAUAUACAGUAUUAGGAUUUAAUAAUUUUUUAACUAUAAAUUUACAGAAAACAUUUAUCAACUCGCAAACGUCCAAAAAAAAAAAAAAAAAAAAACAAUGUUAAAUAAUUUCUUACUGUUUUAAAUAAUAAUUGUGUCUUCUCUUUUUUCAUUUUCUAAAAAAGUGCUUAACAAAUGUCGUGAAAAUGUGCAACUCGAAGGCGAUUUUUUUUUUUAGAAUUAAGUUAAAAAUAGAAUCUAAAUAAUGCAUGAUAUUUGCCAAUCAAAAAAAAAAAAAAAAAUAAUUAUCAAUUGAAUGUAAAAUUAAA